AUGGACUGUGUUGUGUUCAUACUGGUGUGUCUUGCUCCUGUAGCCCAUUGCUACAGCUCAGGUAAUGUUAUGGACAGCUGUGAAGACAUGAAACCGCACCACUCUGGACUGAGACCGCAGAGCAGCCCAGCACCCUUCACUGUCACUGCUGACCGCAGCACCUUCAGCUCUGGGGAGGAAGUCACAGUUCAGCUCCAGGCUCUGGGAUCCAAACCAUUCACUGGUUUCCUUUUACAAGCUCGAGAGGUGGGGAGACAGACUGCUGUGGGCUCUUUCACGCUGUCAACAGCAGCUGCUCAGCUGCUCACCUGCCACCUCAGGCCUAACUCUGCUGUAUCUCAUCGAUCAGAGUCUUUGAAGACCUCCAUUCAGGUGACGUGGAGAUCGGAAGCUUUGACGGAUGGGAAACUUAUUCAGUUUCAUGCCUCCUUUGUGGAGAAUUUUAAAACAUUCUGGACUGGUGUUACAAGUCCUGCACUGACCUUCACCAAUGGCAGUAGUGCUGGAUCCACAAGUUCACUCCCAAUACCAUCAAUAACCAGCUCCAACACAACACGAGCAGCUAUGAAUAUUUCCAGUGCAGACUGUGGUGUCACUAAGGUGUGUUUCAGUCAACCUGCAAACUGUGACCCGACAGUGAGUCCUGACUGCUAUUUCAUGUCAGCCACGGUGUCGUCUGGUGGUGACACAGCUGUUCACUAUGAGAUGACAGGACCUUCUGAUGGAUACAUCUCCUUUGGAUUCUCAGACGAUCAGAUGAUGGGAAACGAUGACAUUUAUAUUUGUGGCAUCUGCGGUGACGACCAAGUGUGGUUACAUCACGCCUUUUCUACAGGUCGCACGACUCCACAGGCGUCUCCUCUGGGGAAUGUCUCUGAUGUACGAGCGUCAGUGCAGGACACAGUGAUCAGCUGUUCCUUCACCUCCAGGAACAUGAUUUCCACUCAGAGGACCAAGGGCAUCGACAGAGCCUACCAUCUCAUGUUUGCUCAUGGACCCUGCAGCAAUGGGAGAAUUCAUCACCAUAGACAGACCUUCAUCAGCACUGAGAAAAUAGACAUUUCCACACCACAGGCUGUUGGAAAAGCUGGACUGCCUCAUAUCAUCAAAGCACAUGGAGCGUUGAUGCUGAUCGCCUGGAUGACCACGGGUUCACUGGGAAUGAUGGUAGCCCGAUAUCUGAAGGCACUGGGGAAUGGACAGAAGCUUUGCAGCAAAGACGUCUGGUUUCUGGUCCAUGUUGCAGUGAUGGGUGCGACAGUGGCAGCCACGAUCGUCGCCUUCAUCCUCUCAUUUUCAUAUGUCAAGGCCUGGUCUGAAGGACCUCAUUCUGUAUUAGGCUGUCUGGUGAUGAUCCUGUCAUUCCUCCAGCCCAUAAUAGCCCUGCUGCGAUGUGGACCACAGCAUCCACUGAGGUUUCUGUUUAACUGGUCUCAUGCUUUAAAUAGUGUGGUGAUAAAGGCAUUAGCAGUGGCAGCCAUAUUUACCGGCCUGAAAAUGAUUGACAGUACUCCAAACCAAUGGCUGAUGAAAGUAAUGGGUGGCUUUGUUGGAUGGGAAGCCUUAUUCUAUAUCAUCUUGGAGGUCCAUUCAAGAUGGAAGGCCAGGAGCACAGGUAGAUGCGUUACAACCAGAAACUAUAACCACGGUCUUGUUGGUGGCUUUGUACUUUCUGGGAAACUGCAGCUAUCUGGUAGCACUGCUGGUGGGAAUCGGGAUAUCAUAGGAAGAGCAACGACAUCCCGCUUCUUUUACAUUUCUACGCUCAUGUAAUAAGGAGAUGGUGUGAUCAACUGUUUAUUCAAAAA